CUGUGCGUACGCUUCCUUCCUUUUCGUUUCCUCACCUCGCUUUCCCAAACAGAAUCGUCGCCCUUCCCUACGGAAUCGACCUACGACGAUUCUCCCAUUUCGCUCUCAGCUUUCCAUUUUUGUCAGAAGCUCUAACACUGCUCUUGCCUCUGGUCUCUGAAGAGGAAGAAGAAGAAGAAGAGGAGAUGUUGCGGCGGCUGGCGAGGCGCCUGAUGAGCAACGUGCCGGAGAGCACAGUGUACGGCGGGCCGAAGCCCCAAUCGCCCGCCCACCGAGUUACACUCACCCACCUCCGCCAAAAGCACCGCCGCGGCCAACCCAUCACCGUCGUCACCGCCUACGACUAUCCCUCCGCCGUCCACGUGGACUCUGCCGGCAUAGACGUCCUCAUCGUCGGUGACUCCGCCGCCAUGGUCGUCCACGGCCACGAUACCACUCUCCCCAUCACCCUCGACGACAUGCUCCUCCACUGCCGCGCCGUCGCCCGCGGCGCCUCCCGCUCCCUCCUCGUUAGCGACCUUCCAUUCGGAUCCUACGAGUCCUCCGCCUCCCGGGCCGUGGAUUCGGCGGUGAGGAUGUUAAAAGAAGGGGGCAUGGAUGCGAUCAAACUGGAAGCCGCCGCGCCGUCCAGGAUCUCUGCCGCCAAGGCAAUCGUUGAGGCUGGGAUUGCUGUCAUGGGGCAUGUUGGAUUGACUCCGCAAGCUAUUAGCAUUCUCGGCGGCUUCCGGCCGCAGGGAAAGACGGUUUCUAGUGCUGUCAAGGUCGUGGAGACUGCCCUUGCUUUGCAGGACGCAGGUUGCUUCUCAGUUGUUUUAGAGUGUGUGCCUGCUCCGGUAGCUGCUGCCAUAACUUCUGCUCUGCACAUACCUACCAUUGGCAUUGGUGCGGGACCUUUCUGUAGUGGCCAGGUGCUUGUUUACCAUGAUUUGCUGGGAAUGUUGCAACAUCCUCAUCAUGCCAAGGUCACUCCAAAGUUCUGUAAACAUUAUGCGCAAGUGGGCAAUGUCAUAAACAAAGCCCUCACAGAAUACAAAGAGGAAGUCGAAACUCAUUCAUUCCCCAGUGCAGCUCAUACACCGUAUCAAAUAAGUGAAGCUGACGUUGAAAGUUUUCUGAAAGAACUGGAGAAUAGAGGCUUAAAUGAGGCAGCAUCAGCCGCAGCAGCUGCUGCAGAAAAUGAGGUUACGACUGGAAAACGAUCAGCUGAUGGCAGCUGUUAGGUUGCCUAAUCCUUUUUCAGGUCUAGUUAUGUUGUCUUCCUGCCUUGCACUAGAGUAGUAAAUAAAUAGACAUCUGAUUUUUUAGUAUAACAGGAUUUUGCUGACCCCUCCAUGUUGAUGAUGGAGAUGUGGUACAAAAACUAUUCCUUUGGCAAAGUUAGGUUCAACUACCUUGCACCUUUUUAUUGGGCUAUCAGCAAAUAGUUGUGCAAUUUUGAUUAGCAUAUUGAAGGUUUAAGUUUGAAAAUUUUCAUUUA